AUGUUAGGAACCCUAACCCUCCCCGCCGGAAAUCCCCUCUGUUUCUCGCCGGAGAAUAGCCAAUUUUCUCCCGUCAGGUCUCCAAGUAAUAUACCUACGACGGCCCGGAGAUUGAGCAAUCGGAGAUGCAAGGUUUCCUCUGUUUGCGCAUUCACCGAGGUCGAUUCGGCCACGGCCACGGCCACGCGGAGGCCGUCCAGCCUGUACGAGGUGCUCCGGGUCAAGCGGACGGCGUCGCCGACGGAGAUCAAGACAGCGUACAGGAGCCUGGCCAAGAUGUACCACCCGGACGCGGUGCGAUCGGACGGCCAGGAUUUCAUGGAGAUCCACAACGCCUAUGCCACGCUGUCCGAUCCGGCGGCCCGGUCGCUCUACGAUCUCUCCCUGGGUGCCCAGUUCCAGGGGCGACCCUUCGAUUUCUCCGCUCGCAGUCGGGCCGGAUUUUACACGACCCGGAGAUGGGAAACAGAUCAGUGCUGGUAG